AGGGACGAAAGAGAACCUGGCCCGUAAGCGGGAAAUUCGGGGGGGGGGGGUAUUUUCCCCAUUAAACAGAGCAACUCUCGCCUGACGUGCCCGUUCCCCGGAUCUGCUAUUUCUGACUGUCUCCAACCUCCUUACCACUCUCCCGAAUCCGAGUGCGCGAUCGUACCAGGAUGGACGGCGAAAACUCAACUUUGUGGGAAACGCUGAUGUACGCUCCCCACUCCUGCGGCGGCUGGAAGCCCAGCGUGGAAGGCUCUAUCUACCACCUAGCCAACAUCUUCUUUGCUUUAGGUUACAUGGGCGGCAGCGGCCUCGUUGGCCUUCUCUAUAUCAAUCUUUUCUUGUGCUCUGCUUUCCUCUGCACUUCCAUCUGGGCGUGGACGGACGUGUGCGCCGCUGAUAUCUUUUCCUGGAAUUUCGCCCUGGUGGUCAUCUCCGCUAUACAGAUCAUCCACGUCGCCUAUCAGCUCCGCAGCGUCUCGUUCCAGGAAGAUUUACAGAACCUGUACUGCGCUAUUUUCCAACCGCUCGGGAUCCCUUUGACUGUCUACAAGAAGUUGGUUACCUGUUGUAAUGUGGUCUCUUUGGAAAAGGAUCACUGCUACGCCAUGGAAGGCAAAACUCCAAUCGAAAGGCUGUCUCUCCUCUUGUCGGGAAGGAUUCGGGUGACGGUGGACGGAGAGUUUUUGCAUUACAUUUUUCCAUAUCAGUUUCUGGAUUCCCCGGAAUGGGAUUCACUCAGGCCAUCGGAGAAUGGGAUAUUCCAGGUGACGCUUACAGCCGAGACUGACUGUCGCUUCGCCGCCUGGAGGAGAAAGAAACUCUACCUGUUAUUCGCCCAUCACCGCCGCAUUUCCAGACUGUUUUCUGUCUUAAUUGGAAAAGAUAUUGCGGACAAACUGCACUCACUCAACGACAAAGUCUGUAGUUGGGGGGGGGGGUCAGGGUUCUUCAUGGUGAACACCACAUCGGUAACUCCGACCUAUGAUUUCGGCAAUGCGACGGGGCUGCUUCCCGGUCAGAUGGCGAGCUGCGACAACUGGAAAGAAAUACACCAUUUGACCUUUCACCUCGGUAACAUCUGCUUCGCCAUCGGGCUGCUGAUUCCCACCACCGUUAAGAUCCACAUGAUUCUACUCCGCGGCAUGAUAAGCAUAGGCUGUGCACUCUUCAUUGCCUGGGCAGUAUUUUACCGAUGUGCUUUAGACAUUGUCAUCUGGAACUCAGUGUUUCUUAUUCUCAACAUGAUGCAUUUAAUCUAUCUGUUGUACAAAAAGAGGCCUAUAAAGCUUGAUAAAGAGCUCAAGGUACUUUACAGAAGAAUGUUUGAGCCACUUCAUGUUCCUCCUGAUUUGUUCCAAAGACUCACUGGACAGUUCUGCAGUAUUAUGACUCUUAAAAAGCACCAGACCUACGCAGCGGAAGAUAAAACAUCUGUUGAUGACCGACUUAGUAUCCUGCUUAAGGGAAAGAUGAAAGUUUCUUAUCGUGGUCACUUCCUGCACAAUAUUUACCCCACUGCUUUCAUCGACUCACCGGAAUUCCGAUCAACUCAAUUGAACAAAGGAGAAAAAUUCCAGGUAACUAUCGUGGCUGAAGAUAACUGCAAAUUCCUUUGCUGGUCCAGAGAGAGGCUGACUUUCUUCCUGGAGACCGAAUCCUUUCUGCAGGAAGUAUUUAAGUACCUAAUAGGCAAAGAUAUCACAAACAAGCUGUAUUCCCUGAAUGAUCCAACAAUAAGUGACAAAACUGCCAAAAAGAUAGAGAGACAACCGAGCCUAUGUUCGCAGCUUUCAAUGAUGAGAGUGAGGAACAGUAUGGCCAGUACGAGUGACACCGACGAUGGACUAUCUAAUUUCCUACAUGGUGGUUCUACUGCAUCGUCAAUCCAGAGGUCCCCGUAUUCUAAGACUUCAGGAAAAAUGAGACCCAUUGAGGAGAGUAUUGAGGAUGAUGUCUUUGAUCCACCUUCACCAGUUGUCCAUGCUGCUCCCAACUGGUCCUGAUCUGAGUGUACAAGCAUCUUACAAGCAAGUUUUACUUUGCCUUUAAGCAGUAAAGCAUUGACAUACAGCCAGCUAUAGGGACCUUGUAAUGCACACAAAGAUCGAGGAAUUGGCAUCUGUUCCUUUAUCGCCUCAUCACUGUCUGUCACUUUCCUAACUGUUGAUUGUUAAAUAAAGCACUUGAACAUAAUAUUGCUUGAGCCUUUGCAGGCAACCAAGUACUCAUUAACACUUAAGACAUUUCAUUGAAGCACCAUCUCAUUUAAUGCCUUCCCUGUGAAUCACAUUUUGAUUCAAGAUCUGUAAUGGCAAAAAAACAUUAAAGGCAGAUUCAUUAUGGAUCAGGGUCAGUGAGAGAGGUGUUUAUUCUUGGUGUAAAAAUAAUCUCUCACACACCUCUAUGAUUUUGUUGUAUGCCAAAGUCAAGUUGAAAGUCAUUUGUGCACUUAAAGAUGUUUUGGCCUAUAAACGAGCUAGUUGUCACAGAACUCUUUGCUGUCUGCAUAAGAAAAGAUUCAUAUUAUAUAAUGGUAAGUUUGUAGCAAUUUAUUUUUUUCACUCGCCCUUGCAGUUGCAAAGUGUAGCGGUUAUUGCAAUGAUUUACAGCAGCAGCAGUGAUCAAUGCUUGGGUUUCAGUCCACACUGCUGUCUGUAAGGAGUAUGUACGUUUUUGCUGUGACCGCAUGGGUUUUCUCUGGGUGCUCUGGUUUCCUCCCACGGCCAAACAUUUACAGAUUUAGGCUUAGUGUUGAGUAACUUGUAAGCAUGCUGUUUUGACAAAGAACUGGGGUGACACUUCCAGGCUGCCCUCAGCACAGCCUUGGAAUGUGUUGGUCAUUGACGCAAACAUAAGAACAUAAGAAAUAGGAGCAGGAGUCGGCCAUUUGGCCUGUCGAGCCUGCUGUGCCAUUCAAUAAGAUCAUGGCUGAUCUGACCAUGGACUCAUCUCCACCUACCCGCCUUUUCCCCCAUAACGCUUAAUUCCCCUACUAUGCAAUAAUCUAUCCAACCUUGCCUUAAAUAUAUUUACUGAGGUAGCCUCCACUGCUUCAUUGGGCAGAGAAUUCCACAGAUUCACCACUCUCUGGGAAAAGCAGUUCCUCCUCAUCUCCGUCCUAAAGUUAUUCCCCUGAAUCUUGAGGCUAUGUCCACUAGUUCUAGUCUUACCUACCAGUGGAAAGAACUCUCCUGCCUCUAUCUUAUUUAUCCCUUUCAUAAUUUUAUGUUGAUAGUUUUAUGAGAUCUAUAAGAUCUCCUCUCAUUCUUCUGAAUUCCAGCGAGUACAGUCCCAGGCAACUCAAUCUCUCCUUGUAGUCAACAACACGUUUCACUCUGUUUCAAUGUACAUAUGAUAAAUAAAGCUAA